GCGCGGAGCAGACAGCGUGCAGCGAUCCACCCGUUUGUGAAUGGUUGCGGGUGUGCGGGGCUGGUCUAUCUAUUUUUCUCUGUCUCGCUCUCUUUCUCUCUCUCGUCUCCUUUUUUCCCCACGCACCCGGCAAGUCAGUCGUCCUCCCGCACUUCCGUCAACGGUCUGUCGCAGAGCCGACGCGCCGAGUAUUGUACGCACGGUGUCGGGGGCUCGACACACGACAGGCCGCCACGACCGCUACAACCAACGGCUUAUAAAGCGGCGCUGUCGCUGACGUGGUCCUCUUUCGUCGCCGAAAGAGAGAACUUACGGUCGGAGUUUAUUGCUGGUUUCCAGGUAGUGUUCAGUCUGUGAAAUCCAAACCAAUCUCACUGAACACCUUUCAGUUUGCGAGAGACCAAAGAUGCAGGUACGGAGGAUGGAGAGACGUGUUGACAUACAUGAUGUACUUGCUUUUCACUGGGAAUACGGUUUCUAACGAAAAUGACUUCUUUCCUCACCUCAGUGAGCAGUGUAGGAAUGACAUGUUCUAUUUUUGGUUCCCGUGCGAGUUCAGUGUGGCGUGCCUGCAAGACCCAUGAGCUCUCGGGGAUACACGACUCCAGGUGAGCUUCGUGUGACGUGUGACUCUGUCAGGGGUUCCAGUCCAGGUGUUCGGCUUGUACAGGUGUUCGGACCCUUGUUCCUGAUAGCAAACAAACAUUCUUAACUUGGUUAGCCAACGGAUCAGAAUCGCGCAGUGCACGUGCCUUUCACGUGCGACGCUAUGGCAACGACAAACGAGAAAGGCAGAUUCAGCAAAGUUUACUUGACGAUCCAUGUUCCGAAAGGACGAGCGGGUGCGAUGCGAAAGCUGCUGAAGCCGGUUUUGAACUCAGUGGACCCUGACCUUCACCUCGUUCAGGUUCAAGACGCCGAGUCCCCUCUCUGCAGGAUUGGUUCCAGGGUAUCCGAGGACGUCCCCGGGUACUGUGUGAGUCCUGGUGAGCUAAGUGUACCCGCCGUCAGUGUCAUGACCUUUCCAACGGAUGACGACGAUCUGGAGCGGACGAGAGGUCAGCUCCAGAAGUUCCCCUGGAAGCUACACCACAGUGUGGAGCUGUCGACGUCCAGCUCACCCAACUUCGUGUCGGCAAAACAACAGUUCUACGCCCUGUCCCGACAGUACCCCCUCGUCGCCGUGUGUCCCUCCUCCAGGAGGGGAUGUUGCUCUCUCAGGUUCAACCUUUCUGUACGAAACUUCGGGCCCAUGUUGGAGUUUUAUCGCCUGCUGACGGAUUCUGAAAUGGAGAGUUCGAAACCCGACUUUGCGGUUUUUUCUGUCAACACAGCAUAUUUGCCGUUCACGCGGGCAACGGACUUCGUGACGUCUUCCUCUUCGUCGUGCAGACGUAAGGUGUCUUCUCGCCUGUCGUGCCACGUGCAGCUAGCACUCAAACACUCCCCUACACUCAACCCCUACCCUUUGACCUCUACUUACCUCACAGUGUUUGUUCGCAACAUGGCGGCGUUGCGGAGGGUGUUGCUUCCGGGUCAAAUUAUCGAAACCUCUCCGAACUCUUACCUCAUUAGCGACCCUGACGGCAACUUACUAGCUGUUCACGACCUGGAGCCGCCAUGUCCACCACCAACAGACUCUCUGCAUCCGGGUUCUCGAGUUUAUGCACAGUGUCAGCUGACCCAGCAAAGACAUGCGCAGACAUGCCCUUCCGGGGAGGCCAGCAGCACGUGCAGGAGCUACUGUGAGAGUCAGGAUUCCGGUCGUUUUUCGGACAGCGAGAAGGGCUCGCGGCAGCUUGACCUGCAGGUCAAGGCGCUGCUGAAGGACUUUGGUUGUCUGGACAUCACGGACUACAGCGAGUCCUCGGAAACAGACACAGACGACCUGGGGCUGGACGACAGUGGCGCCAACUCCGACAGCGACACCUGCCGAGGGAGGGUGAGGAUCGGUCAUCUCAGCGCCAUUCACGUGGAUAAACACACGUGCGAGUAUGUGUGAGUGGGGUGCGAGUGAACGGGUGUGGUGCCGGGUGUCACCAGUGAUGUUUCUUGGCUUGAGAUCAUCUACCUCGUCUCAGGUAUACCUUGCUUUUCCAGAAUGGAUAUAUUUAUCGUUAGUCUGUUCUGGUCGUCUCCGAGUGUUGCAUCAAAACAACCAAACAAAUAAACAAACGCUUCUUUGAUAUUAAUACUCAGAACAAAACUAUUUACCUCACAGAAGGUGUUGGUGUGUACAUUUGUGACAGUUUAUUUCUGGGUCUUUUCACAAGGCGAAUACUUCGAUUGUUUUCUGAUGUUAAACGUGAAUUUGUGGUGGUGUUUGUUUUGGUUUUUGCUAAUUUAAUCUCCCAGGCAACUAUUUUUAAUCAUAAAUUAUUGGCAGUAUAAAGUGCACGACAUUUUAAAUGUUCACAUAUUUAUUUAUUUUUAAAAAUAUUAAAUUUUGAAUUUAACCCGUGUGUCUGAGAGCUUUAGUUCUGCAGUGCACCCUAUAUGUAUGUCAAUAUGGAUGUGUAUUUUUAUGGUAUAUGUAAAUCUUGACGAAGCUGAAUAUCAUCCU